AUGAACAGAGCAAUAAGAAGUUUAUCGGAACAAGUGAUUUGUGAAUCUCUUGAAAGUGAAAGUGCAUCAGAAGGAUGUUUUGACGUUUUUUCAACUGCGGAAGUUGGAGAAUAUCAAUCAUUUGGUCCUUCAAAAGAAUAUGAAUCUUCUGAUGAUGAUGAAGAAAUUAAUCAAUUUUUUGAAAAAGAUGGACCUAUUUGUUAUGUUCGUCAUCCUCAAUGCUAUAACCCACGUUAUUAA